AUGAUCUCUACGGCACCGCUGUACAGCGGCGUGCACAACUGGACCAGUUCUGACCGAAUUCGCAUGUGUGGCAUCAACGAGGAGAGAAGAGCGCCUCUUUCUGAUGAGGAGUCCACGACAGGUGACUGCCAGCACUUUGGAUCUCAGGAGUUUUGUGUCAGCAGCAGUUUUUCCAAGGUGGAGCUCACAGCAGUUGGUGGUGGCAGCAAUGCCCGAGGGGCAGACCCAGAUGGCGGUGCGACAGAAAAACUUGGGCACAAGUCUGAGGAAAAGUCUGAUGACCCCGAGCCAAAAAUGGACUAUGCUGGGAAUGUGGCUGCGGCCGAGGGCCUCUUGGUGCCACUGAGCAACUCAGGGGACGGUCUCAGGCUCCCCCCUCCUGACAGUGCCGAGGCUGGCAACAACAGGGCCGACUGUUGCUGGACACCCAUCAGCACCCAAAUGAGCAAGCAGGCUGACUGCUCGGCAGCCGGGGGAAAGCCUCUGGACUCCCAGCACAGUGUUGGGGAGAAGAAUACUUUCAUUUUGGCAACUCUGGGAACAGGAGUCCCUGUGGAAGGGACCUUGCCUCUGGUCACCACUAACUUUAGCCCACUGCCAGCCCCCAUCUGCCCUCCUGCUCCUGGCUCAGCUUCAGCCCCCCCAUCUGUUCCGGAUCCAUUCCAGGUUCCCCUCUCUGUCCCUGCCCCAGUAUCCCAUUCUGGGCUAGUUCCUGUGCAAGUUACCACUUCCAUUCCAGCCCCUUCUCCUCCCUUGGCGCCAGUUCCAGCUCUGGCCCCUGCCCCACCAUCAGUGCCCACGCUUAUCUCGGAUUCAAACCCCCUUUCAGUUUCUGCUUCAGUCUUGGUGCCCGUGCCAGCGUCUGCUCCCCCCUCGGGCCCCGUGGCCCUCUCGGCUCCAGCCCCUGCCCCACUCUCUGUCCCUGUCUCAGCUCCGCCGUUGGCUCUGAUCCAGGCUCCUGUGCCCCCUUCAGCUCCAACCUUGGUCCUGGCUCCUGUCCCCACUCCAGUUCUGGCUCCCAUGCCGGCAUCCACGCCUCCAGCAGCACCUCCCCCUCCGUCUGUGCCGAUGCCCACUCCAACCCCAUCUUCCGGCCCCCCCUCGACUCCCACCCUCAUCCCUGCCUUUGCCCCUACCCCGGUACCUGCACCCACCCCGGCCCCCAUCUUUACUCCAGCCCCUACGCCCAUGCCGGCUGCCACACCGACGGUCAUUCCCACCUCUGCUCCGAUCCCGGCCUCCUUUAGUCUGAGUCGAGUGUGUUUUCCUGCAGCUCAGGCACCAGCUAUGCAAAAAGUGCCCCUGUCCUUUCAGCCAGGGACAGUGCUGACUCCGAGCCAGCCGCUGGUCUACAUCCCACCUCCAAGCUGUGGGCAGCCACUCAGUGUGGCCACACUGCCAACUACCCUGGGAGUCUCCUCCACUCUGACCCUCCCUGUCCUGCCAUCCUACCUGCAGGACAGGUGUCUCCCUGGCGUGCUGGCCUCCUCAGAGCUCCGGUCUUACCCAUAUGCAUUCUCGGUGGCCCGGCCUCUGACUUCAGAUUCCAAGCUGGUAUCUCUGGAGGUGAACAGGCUCCCCUGCGCUUCCCCAUCCGGCGGCAGCAGCAGCACCCAGACUGCACCCGAUGGGGUCCCCGGGCCUUUGGCAGAUACUUCCCUCUCCACCGCUUCUGCCAAGGUGCUUCCAACUCCACAGUCUCUGAUGCCAGCUCCCAGCGUGAGCUCAGCCCCACCGCACCCCGCCAAGAUGCCAGGUGGCACUGAGCAGCAAACAGAAGGGACUUCCGUUACCUUCUCUCCCCUCAAGUCACCUCCACAACUGGAGCGAGAGAUGGCCUCUCCCCCUGAGUGCAGUGAGAUGCCCCUUGAUCUUUCCUCCAAGUCCAACCGCCAGAAGCUUCCAUUGCCGAAUCAGCGCAAGACACCGCCCAUGCCAGUGUUGACCCCAGUGCAUACCAGCAGCAAAGCUCUCCUCUCCACGGUCCUGUCUAGGUCUCAGCGCACGACCCAGGCUGCUGGCAGCGGUGUCACCUCGUGCCUGGGCUCCACAUCCUCGCCCUUUGUCAUCUUCCCCGAGAUCGUAAGGAACGGGGACCCGAGCACAUGGGUGAAGAACUCAACUGCGCUGAUCAGUGCCAUUCCUGGCACCUAUGUGGGGGUCGCCAACCCAGUGCCUGCCUCCCUGCUACUGAACAAAGACCCCAACCUGGGCCUCAACCGAGAUGCCCGCCAUCUUCCCAAGCAGGAGCCUAUAUCCAUCAUUGAUCAAGGAGAGCCCAAGAACACUGGUGCCACCUGCAGCAAGAAGGGCGGCCAAGCGGGUGCUGAGGGACAGCCAAGCAUAGUCAAACGUUAUCCCCCAGCCCGCAUAGCCCCUGGGCUGCCUGGGUGCCAAACCAAGGAGCUCUCUUUGUGGAAACCCACAGGGCAGGCAAAUAUUUAUCCACGUUGUUCCGUCAAUGGGAAACCCACCAGCACCCAGGUCCUGCCUGUUGGCUGGUCACCAUAUCACCAAACAUCUCUGCUUUCCAUUGGCAUUUCCAGUGCUGGGCAACUGACCCCCAAUCAGGGGGUCCCCAUCAGGCCCACCAACGUGGUUUCUGAGUUUUCUGGUGUGUCGUCUCUCAGCUCCAAUGAAGCGGUGCAUGGACUUCCUGAGGGGCAGGACACUGUCACAAAGAACAAAACUUGCCGGAUUGCUGCCAAGCCUUAUGAAGAACAAGUCAACCCUGUCCUCCUGACUCUCAGCCCUCAAACGGGGACCUUGGCCCUGUCUGUUCAGCCAAGUGGUGGGGACGUGAGAGUGAAUCAGGGGCCUGACGAUUCAGAGAACCAUCUCUGCUCUGACAGCACUUCCAAGAUGGAAAGCCCCCCAGGGGCUUGUGGCCUGAAACUGGCUGGAGACACGAAACCCAAGAACCAAGUUCUGGCCACGUACAUGUCCCAUGAGCUGGUCCUAGCCACUCCCCAGAACCUGCGCAAGAUGCCCGAGCUGCCUUUGCUACCUCAUGACAACCACCCCAAGGAACUCAUCUUGGAUGUGGUUUCGAGCGGCAAGAGGGGCUCCAGCACUGAGCUUUCACAGCUUGGAAGCCAGGUGGAUCUGGGGCGGGUGAAAAUGGAGAAAGUGGAUGGUGAUGUCGUCUUCAACUUAGCCACCUGCUUCCGGGCAGAUGGUCUUCCUGCAUCUACCCCGAGGGUCCAAGCUGAGGUGAGGGGCAAGGCCGGACAGGCGCGAGUGAAACAGGAGAGCCUCGGGGUCUUCACUUGCAAGAACAAGUGGCAGUCAGACGACAUGACUGAAUCUCUGCCACCCAAGAAACUGAAGGAAAGUGAGGAGCAGCAGCAGCAGCCACCACAACCCAAGCCCUUAGUCCGGAGUUCCCAUGGACCCAAGUGCCGAAAGCAGCCCAGUGACCCCCAGGAACCUACUAAGAAAAGUCCCCGGGGGGCUUCAGAUUCAGGAAAAGAGCACAAUGGAGUCAAGGUAAAGCACAAGCACCGGAAGCCAAUGAAGCCAGAGUCCCAGUCUCCAGGAAAAGCAGCCGAUGGUCACGAGGAAGGUUCCUUGGAAAAGAAAGCAAAGAGCAGUUUCCGGGACUUCAUUCCUGUGGUCCUGAGCACCCGGACGCGCAGUCAGUCUGGAAGUAUCUGUAGCUCCUUUGCUGGCAUGGCAGACGGUGACAUGGGAUGCCAGGAAGUCUUCCCCACAGAGGAGGAAGAGGAAGUGACCCCCACCCCAGCUAAGCGUCGAAAGGUGAGAAAGACUCAACGGGACACCCAGUAUCGUAGCCACCACGCCCAGGACAAGACCCUGCUGAGCCAGGGCCGCAGGCAUCUGUGGCGAGCCCGAGAAAUGCCUUGGAGGACAGAGGCUGCCCGGCAAAUGUGGGAUACCAACGAGGAGGAGGAAGAAGAUGAGGAGGAAGGCCUGGUGAAGAGGAAGAAACGGAGACGGCAGAAGAACCGAAAAUAUCAAACUGGGGAGUACCUGACUGAGCAAGAAGAAGAGCAACGGCGGAAAGGAAGAGCAGAUUUAAAGGCCCGCAAGCAGAAGCCUUCCUCCCAAAGUUCGGAGCACCACCUCAGGAACAGGAACCUCCUCUUGCCCAACAAAGUCCAGGGGAUCUCGGAUUCACCAAAUGGUUUCCUCCCAAAUAACCUGGAGGAACCAGCCUGCCUUGAAAAUUCAGAAAAGCCAUCAGGAAAACGAAAGUGCAAGACCAAGCACAUGGCAAACGUCUCAGAAGAGGCAAAGGACGUUGUUCUCUACUGCCUCCAGAAGGAUAGUGAGGACGUGAAUCACCGUGACAAUGCUGGCUACACAGCCCUGCAUGAGGCUUGCUCCCGGGGCUGGACUGACAUCUUGAACAUCCUGCUGGAGCAUGGAGCCAAUGUGAACUGCAGCGCACAGGAUGGCACGAGGCCUGUUCAUGAUGCGGUGGUAAACGACAACCUGGAGACCAUCUGGCUCUUGCUGUCCUAUGGGGCUGAUCCCACUCUGGCCACCUAUUCGGGCCAGACAGCCAUGAAGCUGGCCAGCAGCGACACCAUGAAGCGCUUCCUCAGUGAUCACCUCUCAGAUCUCCAGGGCCGGACAGAGGGUGACCCUGGACUCUCCUGGGACUUUUACAGCAGUUCUGUGUUGGAGGAAAAAGACGGGUUUGCCUGUGACCUCCUGCACAAUCCUCCUGGGAGCUCCGAUCAAGAAGGAGAUGAUGUGGAAGAGGAUGAUUUCAUGUUUGAACUCUCAGACAAGCCUCUUCUCCCAUGCUACAACCUCCAAGUGUCAGUGUCCCGCGGGCCCUGCAACUGGUUCCUCUUUACAGAUGUUCUGAAGAGGCUGAAGCUGUCCUCAAGGAUCUUUCAGGCUCGAUUCCCGCACUUUGAAAUCGCCACCUUGCCCAAGGCAGAAUUCUACGGGCAGGUAGCUUCGAGUCAGCUGCUGACCCCUGCAGAGAGACCUGGAGGCCUGGAUGACAGAUCCCUGGCAGGCUCCUCUGAGACUGUGGAGCUGGUGCGGUAUGAGCCCGAGCUGCUCAGGCUGCUAGGGUCUGAGGUGGAAUUCCAGUCCUGGAGCAGUUGA